GCACAUUUAAUUCUUUUGCCCUUUAAAUACCCGGCCUGCUCACUCGAGCUUACACUUAACUUCUUCACCCUUCGUCGUCUCGCUCUCCGCAGCCUCGCAGAGGAAUUUCUCGAUUUCCUUCUACUUCAUUUUACCAACAAACACCACACAAACCGCUAUCAUGGCUGCCAAUCAGACUUCAUCGUCUCCCUCAGAGACUCUCAAAUAUCUCCAGCUCGACCAGAAGAACAAGAUCAUGGCCGAGUACGUCUGGAUCGAUGCCGGCGGCGAGACUCGAUCAAAAUCAAGGACUCUUGAUGCCAAGGACGAGGCCUACACCCCCGAAAACCUCCCCAUCUGGAACUUUGACGGCUCCUCAACCGGCCAGGCUGCUGGCCACGAUUCCGACGUCUACCUGCGUCCUUGCGCCGUCUACCCUGAUCCCUUCCGUGGUUCACCCAACAUCAUCGUCCUCUCCGAGUGCUGGAACGCCGACGGCACUCCCAACAAGUACAACUACCGCCAUGAGUGCGCCAAGGUCAUGGAGGCCAACGCCGAGCGCGAGCCCUGGUUCGGUCUCGAGCAGGAGUACACUUUCCUCGGCCAGGAUGACCGGCCCUAUGGCUGGCCCGUUGGCGGCUACCCUGCUCCUCAGGGUCCCUACUACUGCGGUGUAGGUGCUGGCAAGGUUGUCCUGCGCCACGUCGUCGACGCCCACUACAAGGCCUGUCUCUAUGCUGGCAUCAACAUCUCCGGUACCAACGCCGAGGUUCUGCCCGGUCAGUGGGAGUUCCAGGUCGGCCCUUGCGUCGGCAUCAACAUGGGUGACGAGCUCUGGAUGGCCCGUUUCUUCCUUGCCCGCAUCGCCGAGGAGUUCGGCAUCAAGGUCACCCUGCACCCCAAGCCCAUCCAGGGCCCAUGGAACGGCUCCGGUCUGCACUCCAACUUCUCCACCAAGGACAUGCGUGCCGAGGGUGGCAUGAAGUACAUCGAGGAGGCCAUCAAGGCCCUCGAGCCUCACCACACCGAGUGUAUCAAGGAGUACGGUGAGGACAACGAGCUUCGUCUGACCGGCGAGUACGAGACCGGCUCCAUCGAGAAGUUCAGCUGGGGUGUCGCUAACCGCGGCACAUCCAUCCGUGUCCCUCGUGAGACUGCCGCCCGUGGCUGCGGUUACUUUGAGGAUCGCCGCCCCGCCUCCAACGCUGACCCGUACCGUAUCACCAAGGUCCUGAUGACCUCCAUCUUCGGCAAGAUCUAAAGGGGACGGCUGAGGGUGAGCUGAUGGGACUAAUCAAGGUGAAGGGUUAGCGAGCUGGUGGAAGUGGAUUUGAAAAUUUUACGUGGGCGAUAGUUGUAACAUUAUGGAUAAGCUGCACACACUUUAAUAUGAUAUCGAGGGAAGCUAUGGACUGACCAGAAUAAUUUUCUGGUUUAACGGCGUAACGGGAUAAUGAUGGGAAAUUUUUCGUUUAGACAUUGACGGCUGCGCACAAAGAAGUGCUGCGGCUUAGAAUUAUUUUGCAAAUAUAUUAGCGACUACUUCUGCAAUCUCUCUCUCUGACUCUCUCUCUGACU